CCUAUUAGCUUCCUCUAUAUAUAUGCAUCAAUAAAUUUAAGAAACCUCAGAUUCAGAUUUCUCAUUUCAUACUCUCCCUUUCAAGUUCAAACUUUCACCUGUAAGAUCUUUGAUCACAGCAAAACCAGCAAACAAUCAGAAAAAAAUGAGUGCAGCGUGCAGAGCUUGGAUUGUGGCAGCAAGUAUUGGAGCAGUUGAGGCACUCAAAGACCAAGGAGUCUGCAGGUGGAAUGGGGUUCUGAGAUCAGUCCACCAACAUGUCAAGAACAACAUCAGAUCCUAUUCCCAAGUCAAGAAACUCUCCGACUCUUCGUCUUCUGCAAUUUCUAUGAAGAUGCAGAGAUCACAGGAAGACAAGUUGAGAAAAGUCAUGGAAUUGAACUGUUGGGGUCCUAAUACCAUAAGAUUUUAGAUUCUAAUUAUGUAAUUUAGAUUUAGGGUUUAUGAGUAUUGGAUUAUAUGUCAUCCCUUUUAUCAUGAGAAUUAAACGACUUAUUUCAUUGCUCAUUGUCAUUGGAUAAAAA